AUGGUGGGCACGACACAUCGGUUGGUCGUCGACAGCAUCAUGAAUCUCAUGAUCAGCACCCGACUAGACCUGACAUGCGUCGCCCUACAACUGUCCCAGUUUCUCACGAGCUCCGGCCCUGCUACAUGCAGGAGGCCAUGUAGUGCGUAUGAUCACUCCAUCCGCAUCACGCACAUGUAG